AAUGAAAUCUUUUCCUUUUCAGAAAGUGUUCUUUUUACGGAAGGGGAAAUCGUUCUCAAUUUUCGGUCGGAUGCCACCACUCAAAGGCCUGGAUUUUCUAUACAAGUUCGCCAGCUAAUGGAUUGCGGAACUAGCAGUUCUGUUGCUCCACCAACAAAGGAAUCAUGCGGUGGUAUCUUCGACAGCGAAGAGUUCUCACUGAAGAGUCCCAAUUUUCCACACGAUUAUCCACACGAAGCACAUUGUGAAUACAUGGUGAAAAAGUCUUCAGAUGCAGUCUGUGGCUUGGAAUUGCGCUUCGCUCAUUUCGACGUAGAAAAAGGACCUGAUUGUACAUAUGAUUACUUGGAUAUUGGUCACAAAACUAUCUGCGGUCAUCUGCCUUCUGGAUUUACCCGUGUGAUUCCUUUCGAAAGUCCUCAGAUGAAAUUCACCUUCCGCUCAGAUAGGGGAACUUCCAAAAGUGGAUUCGCCAUUAAAGUUCGCCAGAGAGCUGACUGUGGAGUGACCACUUGGAAACCAGCCACCCCUCCGCCUCGGAUGUGCGAUCACUGUCUGAAGGAGAGCCGCGGUCACCUCAUCAGCCCCGAUUAUCCGGACAAUUAUCCAGCUGGCCUCCGAUGUACAUACCACUUGCAACGAGUUAAAAGUUUCUGCGGAUUAGAGAUUUUCUUCCACGACUUCCAGCUGCAGGACAGCCCUGGUUGCUCGAGAGAUGCUCUAAUAGUGGCUGGAGAACGACUUUGCGGAGAUCGUCUGAAAGGGAAAAUCAAAAAACUUGAUUUUCCAAUUGGCGAGCCUAAUGAAGUGGUCCUGCAGUUUGAAACAGAUGACGAAGGUUCCGGGCAAGGUUUUCAUGCAGAAUAUCGGCAGAUUGCAUGCAGAGGCUACCCUUGGCGACAGGGACGUUCCCAGUGGACACCUUCUAAUGCGUCAGACUGGACAGCGGGCGACUGAAGCCUUUUCUGUUGUUCCCAGUGGAAACAUUCUUUAUUCGGGUUGUUGGAAUCAGGGUUCGGCGGGUGCCUCCUAAUUUCAAAUAACUCGGAAGGACUGACUGAUAAAUAAGGAACAUAUCUUGCAGAAAAGCUAACUGCAUAUCACCAUUCAAACUUCUAAUCAUUUCUAGUGUUGUUGUUCAUUUACGUGCAAUUUCAAUACUCUUGCUACAUGUAUACAUCUAUUAAUUUAUUUCGAAUAUCAUUUUGAGUACGACUGUGGGAAACUAUAUUCUAAGGGAGAGACAGAAAAUAUUUACUUUGCUUCCAGUUGCGGAAAAUAUAUGUCAACAACUCGAAAUUGCUUUCAAAGUGGAGGUUGCCUGAUUCUGGUUUCGAGAUUUAACUCAUGAACUAAUUUUGAAAAUAAUAAAUUUACAUCGUUCUGUUUGAACAAACGUAUUUUAAGCAAUCAAGACAUUUGAAAGAAAAAUUCGAAAACAUAUUUAUGACUUUCAUUUGGAAAACAAAUGUAUUUUUCCUACUAUCAAGAUAGAGCAAUUCAUAUUUUGUUUGGAAUUUAUAUUGAAUGUGGUGUAAGUAUGAAAUUAAAUUAUAUGUAUUUGAUAGUUAUGUUAUAUUUACAUUGUCCGCUGUGCGGAAUUGGUUGUUCUGAAGCUCUAAAUAUCUCAACAAUAAAAUUUAUAUUUAUUAAUA